AUGCUUAACAGGUAUAAAGACAUAUUUAAAGAGGGUCUAGGUACUUUUAAAUCGUAUACGGUAUCGUUGAGAGUGAAGCCAGACACGAUCCCGAAGUUUUGCAAACACCGCCUAGUCCCUAUAGCGCUUAGGAAAAAAGUGGAAGAGGAAAUCGAGCGAUUAGUGCAGAACCGGACGUUAGUCCCCGUAGACCAUAGCGAAUGGGCAACACCGGUGGUACCAAUUUUAAAAAACGAUGGAUCGGUAAGGCUGUGUGGGGAUUUCAAAACUACAGUAAACCCGGUUUUAGUAGGCACCGAGUAUGACGACAUCAUUGUUCCGGGCAAAACAGUACGCGAACACAACUCGCGACUAGACAAACUUUUAGGGGCGUUAAACGUAGCAGGUUUAAAAGUAAAAAAAGAAAACUGUUGUUUUCCACAAUCAUCGGUAGAAUAUCUGGGUCAUAAAAUUGACGGAAAGGGAUUACACACAUUAGAUAAACAUAUAAAAGUGAUAAAAGCAGCCCCGUCUCCCCAAAAUAAGUCAGAAUUAAAAAGUUUUCUUGGUUUAGUAACUUAUUAUGCUAAAUUCAUUAAAAAUGCAGCAUCAGUACUUAAACCAUUAUACAAUCUACUCAAAGACAACGCCCAGUGGGUUUGGACAAGAGAGAUAAACACUGCGUUCCAAAAUAUAAAAAAAAUGUUGUCGUCCACGCCUAUACUAGACCAUUAUAAUCCAGAGAAGCCAGUCAAGUUAAGUGUGGAUGCGUCUGCGUUUGCCAUCGGGGCGGUGUUAACACACGUUUACUCAGAUAAGGUCGAGAAAUCAAUAGCUUAUGCGUCACGGGUGUUAUCGAAGACGGAGUGUCAAUACCCGCAAAUCGAGAGAGAAGGUUUAGCCAUAAUUUUCGGCAUACAAAAAUUUUACGACUAUUUAUACGCACGUAAAAUCACGUUGGUAACAGACCACAAACCGCUAUAUCACAUAUUAGGAAAAAAAAAAGGGUAUACUGAUAUACGCAGCUAA